GUGAACAAUUAAGCAUCUUCAUCAAUCUUCCAUCAUUGCUUCAGAAACCAUUCACGGGCUAUUGCACAUCGCAUCGCACAAACCGAGAAAAGCAUUAUAUUGUACGAUAACUCACUGCCAUCAUGGAUCAAGCUCGGUCAGACGACCCAGCUACUCCAGUCACAAGGGAACCGCCGUUCAUUGUCAGGCUCUACUACCGCACCGGCGCGUUUCAUCGAAUGAACGAAUUCACCUCAGACUCGCACCUCCCCCUCUACGUCGAAAUCCCCGCCUGGCGCUCAACCACCCUAGACGAACUAAGUCUCGACAUCGCCAACGAGCAGUCACCCCAUUCUUUACUUCCCCACCCAGCAAUCGGCACGCGCCUCGUCUUCCGGCUCAUCUACGUCGACACGCGCAAGGACUCCUCUCGGCACGUCUCCAAAGACUUGGGAAGCGUGGUGAUCGGCGCGGGCUUACCCGGAGCCAACGCGGAUGCGGGGCUCCCCGACGACGACCCUUGCUACGACGAUGCCCACAGGACGCUAGCCGACGCCAAGUUUAUGCCGGGCGAUUUUAUUUCUUGCGCGAUCCUGCCACCCAAUGACCUGGACGGAGCGGUCGAGCCGGUGAGCGCGGCAAGGACGGGCCGCGGAUCGGGGAUUGGGGAAGGGAGGAGCACGGCUGCGUCGCCGCCGCCGCCGGGGCCGAGAGAGAGAGAGGGAGGUUACAGAGAUCGAAUGGGGGUGGGAGAUCGAUACGGUGAUGAGCCCCCCAAGGCGAGGGGAUACCGUGGUGGUAAUGGUGGUGGUGGCGGACGGUAUGAAUCAAACUCGUAUGACUGGGGAGGACGGAGGGAAAGUAGGGGCGGGCGGAGUAAUCGCCAGAGGGAGCCUGGUAUCAUGCCACAGGGGGAUUGGAGGAGAGGGUUUUGAGACUUUGAGUUGCAAGAGGAGAACGAGUGCCCACGGCAACGGGCUGGUGGAGGCCAGAAUUAUCAUGGUGCAUGUUGGAUACCAAGGGUGUAUCCUUUUUUUGGUGGAUUCCUGAGAUCACUUCCAAAAAAGAAGAGGAGGACACAGAAAUCAUUUGAUGGCAGUUAAUGCGCCAGAACGGCAUCAAGAGCAGAAAGGAGAUGUUGGCUCGGUAUCACCAUUCCGGAUG